AUGGCUGACUUCUUGUUACCACCGGGUACUAACAGCUUCCACCGGUUCACGCCUGAAUCCUUGGCUGCUAUUGAGAAACGGAUUGCGGAGAAACUUGCAAGGAAUGCAAAGCAGGAAUAUAGAGAGCAGCUGGGUGAAGAAGAGAAACCUCAGCCUCAGUUUGAUUUGCAAGCUUGCAAGAAGCUGCCCGAUAUCUAUGGGACUGUUUCUCCAGAGCUCAUUGGGGAGCCAUUGGAGGACAUUGACCCUUUCUACAAUGAUCGUAAGACAUUUAUAGUACUGAACAAAGGGAAGACAAUCUUUCGAUUUAGUGCCACUCCUGCCUUGUAUAUACUUAGUCCUUUCCACCCAGUCAGAAGAGCAGCAAUUAAAAUUUUGGUACAUUCAUUGUUCAGUAUGUUUAUCAUGUGCACUAUUUUAACUAAUUGUGUCUUCAUGGCACAAUCAGAGACUCCGCCAUGGAAUAAAUAUGUUGAGUACACUUUCACUGGCAUUUACACUUUUGAGUCAUUGAUAAAAAUAUUGGCGAGAGGAUUUUGCAUGACAGAAUUCACCUUCCUCCGGGAUCCAUGGAACUGGCUGGAUUUCAGCGUUAUUGUCAUGGCAUACAUAACUGAAUUUGUGGACCUGGGCAAUGUCUCAGCCUUACGAACGUUCAGAGUACUGCGGGCGCUGAAAACAAUCUCAGUCAUUUCAGGACUGAAGACCAUUGUAGGGGCACUUAUCCAGUCUGUUAAGAAACUUGCUGAUGUGAUGAUCCUGACCGUUUUCUGCUUGAGUGUCUUUGCCCUCAUAGGCCUCCAGCUCUUCAUGGGCAACUUGCGACACAAGUGUGUCAGGGACUACACUAAGUUUAACUUCACUAAUGGCACGUUGUACUUGGAUGGUAGGACGUGGAACACCUCAGAGGAGUUUCUUAGUGAUCCAGUGAACUACUUCAUAAAAAAUGGUACAGAAGAUGUGUUACUGUGUGGCAAUAGCACUGAUGCUGGCACAUGCCCUGAGGGAUAUAUAUGUCUGAAGGCUGGGGAAAACCCUGACCAUGGCUACACAAGCUUUGAUACUUUUGGCUGGGCCUUUCUCUCUUUGUUCCGUCUUAUGACUCAAGAUUAUUGGGAACGUCUUUAUCAACAGACUCUCAGAUCUGCAGGGAAGAUCUACAUGCUUUUUUUUAUGCUGGUCAUCUUUCUUGGUUCAUUUUAUCUGGUCAACCUGAUUCUGGCUGUUGUGGCCAUGGCAUAUGAAGAGCAGAACCAAGCCACUAUUGCUGAAUCAGAGGAGAAGGAACGAAAGUUUCGGGAAGCCAUGGAGAUGUUAAAGAAAGAACAGGAGGCACUAGCUGCUAAAGGAAUUGAUUCAAUGUCACUCAGUUCAUUGGAAAUGUCACCUUUGGCAUCCAAAAAUGCCAAGGAAAGAAGAAAUAAGCGAAAGAAAAAGAAAACUUUGGGGGCAGAAGAGUAUGGGGAAGACCAAAGGAAUCCCAACUGUGACUAUGAUGAUGGUCAGAGGAGAAUGACUCUCCUUGGCAUUAGUUAUGGUCCCAGUGCACACUUGGUGAAGCGCAGAACCAGCCACGGAAGCGUAUUCAGUUUCCGACUCCGUGGUAGAGACACUGGCUCCGAAACAGAUUUUGCCGAUGAUGAGAUCAGCACUGCUGGGGAAAAUGAAAGCCACCGGGGCUCUCUCUUAAUUCCAAGAUCUGGGAGGCGUCCAAGCAUGCAAAGUCAAGUGAGCCAUAGUUCUCACCCUACUACUCCCAACUACACCCAGACGGGCAAAAGGAACAGCUCAGUGGAUUGCAAUGGUGUGGUUUCCCUGAUAGGAGGAGGCAUCGGGGCACUCAACCCAGACCCUACUUCUCCUGCAGGGUUACUGCUCCCCCCAGUUAUUAUGGAAAAACCUGGGACAGGCGAUCUGACCUCUCCCUCAGAUGAAGCAAGCAAGAAGCAGCUUUUAAUGCCCCACCGCCCAUCAGUGGACCACUCAGAUGAACCCUUUCAGAGGCAGAGGGCAGUGAGUGCUGUCAGCAUCAUCACCAGUGCCCUGGAAGAGCUUGAGGAAUCACACCAGAAAUGUCCUCCCUGCUGGAACCACUUUGCUGUUAAAUUUCUCAUUUGGGAUUGCUGCCCAUUUUGGCUUUUAAUCAAGAAAUUUGUCAAGUUUGUGGUAAUGGACCCAUUUACUGACCUCACCAUCACCCUUUGCAUUGUGCUGAACACGCUCUUCAUGGCCUUGGAGCAUUAUAAGAUGACGAAGGAGUUUGACCACAUGCUUUACAUAGGCAAUUUGGUCUUCACUGGGAUUUUUACAGCAGAAAUGAUCUUCAAAAUAAUUGCCCUUGACCCCUACUACUAUUUUCAGCAGGGCUGGAAUAUUUUUGACAGCAUAAUCGUUAUUCUAAGCCUGAUGGAGUUGGGUUUGUCCAGCAUGGGAAACCUCUCUGUUUUACGCUCCUUUCGCCUGCUGCGAGUCUUCAAAUUGGCGAAGUCCUGGCCGACCUUAAAUACACUCAUUAAAAUCAUCGGUAAUUCUGUGGGUGCCCUGGGUAACCUCACUCUUGUGCUGGCAAUCAUCGUCUUCAUUUUCGCCGUGGUGGGAAUGCAGCUGUUUGGGAAGAGCUACUUGGACAAUGUGAAGAAGAUAAGCACAACUGGCAAUCUGCCACGGUGGCACAUGAAUGAUUUCUUCCACUCAUUCCUCAUCAUCUUCCGGAUUUUGUGUGGGGAGUGGAUUGAGACCAUGUGGGACUGCAUGGAAGUAGCUGGGCAGCCACUGUGCCUUCUCGUCUUCUUGUUGGUCAUGGUGAUAGGAAACUUGGUGGAUUAUUUCCAGCAGGAAAAACAGCUGCAGCUGAGGGGGCAGCGAUGCCAAAGCCCAGGUGUCCGGAGUCAGAAUUCUGAGAUUUGUGAAGAGUUAAGUGAGUUGCACGUGGAUAAGCAGUUGAAGGCUGAGCCACCACCUCCAGUAGGGCAAAAAGAGCUUGAUGAAAUCAGUCUUUCUGAAGGCAGCACAGUGGAUUUGACAAAUCCUGCAGAACUGCUGGAGCAGAUCCCUGAGUUUGCUGAGGAGCUGAUGGAGCCUGAAGAUUGCUUCCCGGAAGUUUGUGUACGAUUCUUCCCGUGUUGUUCCGUGGACAUCACAAAAUUUCCAGGCAAAAUUUGGUGGAGGCUGCGGAAAACCUGCUACAGAAUCGUCGAACACAACUGGUUUGAAACGUUCAUCAUAUUCAUGAUCCUGCUGAGCAGUGGAGCCCUGGCUUUUGAAGAUAUUUACCUUGAAGAUCGAAAAAACAUAAAAACCAUGCUGGAAUAUGCUGACAAAGUAUUCACAUACAUCUUUGUCUUGGAGAUGCUCCUGAAAUGGGUGGCUUAUGGCUUCAAGAAGUAUUUCACCAAUGCCUGGUGCUGGCUGGAUUUCCUCAUUGUAGAUGUCUCUUUAAUUAGCCUCAUCGCCAAUACACUUGGAUACUCUGAGAUGGGGCCCAUUAAAUCCCUCAGGACCCUCCGAGCUCUGCGGCCAUUGAGAGCAUUGUCACGAUUUGAAGGGAUGAGGGUGGUGGUCAAUGCCCUCGUGGGAGCCAUCCCUUCCAUCAUGAAUGUUCUUCUCGUCUGCCUCAUCUUCUGGCUCAUCUUUAGCAUCAUGGGAGUGAACCUCUUUGCUGGGAAGUUUGGGAAGUGCAUUAAUAAGACAGAAGGAGAUAUGCCUUUAGACUCCAAAAUUAUUAACAACAUGAGUGACUGUAUACUCUAUAAUGUGUCAGGCACGUUCUACUGGACAAAAGUUAAAGUCAACUUUGAUAAUGUUGGUGCUGGGUACCUGGCUCUGCUACAAGUGGCCACAUUUAAAGGAUGGAUGGAUAUUAUGUAUGCAGCAGUGGAUUCACGAGAGUGUGAGGAGCAGCCUGAAUGGGAAUAUAAUUUAUACAUGUACCUGUACUUUGUGAUUUUCAUCAUCUUUGGGUCUUUCUUCACAUUGAACCUCUUCAUUGGUGUCAUCAUUGACAAUUUUAACCAACAAAAGAAAAAGAUAAGUGGCCAGGACAUCUUUAUGACAGAAGAACAGAAAAAGUAUUAUAAUGCAAUGAAAAAGCUGGGAUCUAAAAAACCUCAAAAGCCAAUCCCAAGGCCACUGAACAAAUACCAAGGUUUUAUUUUUGAUGUUGUCUCAAAACAAGCCUUUGAUGUCUCCAUCAUGAUUCUCAUCUGCCUUAACAUGAUUACCAUGAUGGUGGAAACAGAUGACCAAAGUCAAGAAAAAGUGAACAUCCUCCAUAAAAUCAACAUGCUUUUUGUUGCCAUCUUCACUGGGGAGUGCAUCUUCAAAAUGCUGGCUCUGCGGCACUAUUACUUCACCAAUGGCUGGAAUAUAUUUGACUUUGUUGUCGUGAUUCUGUCUAUCGUAGGCACUGUACUUUCUGACAUCAUCCAGAAAUAUUUCUUCUCUCCUACGCUCUUCAGAGUCAUUCGCUUGGCUCGGAUUGGCCGGAUCCUAAGGCUCAUCCGGGGAGCCAAAGGAAUUCGAACUCUCCUGUUUGCCUUAAUGAUGUCCCUGCCUGCUCUGUUCAACAUUGGCCUCUUGCUUUUUCUGGUCAUGUUCAUUUAUGCCAUUUUUGGCAUGGCUAACUUCGCCUAUGUGAAGAAAGAGCAUGGGAUUGAUGACAUGUUCAACUUCCAAACCUUUGCGAACAGCAUGCUGUGUCUCUUCCAAAUCACCACAUCAGCUGGCUGGGAUGGGCUUCUCAACCCUAUUUUAAACACUGGACCGCCGUAUUGUGACCCAAACCUUCCAAAUGCAAAUGGUUCAAAGGGAGACUGUGGAAGCCCUGCCGUAGGGAUUUUAUUCUUUGUUACUUAUAUCAUUAUAUCAUUUCUAAUUGUUGUAAACAUGUAUAUAGCCAUUAUUUUAGAGAACUUCAGUGUAGCCACUGAGGAAAGUACAGAGCCUCUAAGCGAGGAUGAUUUUGAUAUGUUCUAUGAAAUCUGGGAGAAGUUUGACCCUGAAGCCACUCAGUUUAUUGAGUAUUCUGCACUUUCAGACUUUGCAGAUGCGCUGUCAGAACCUUUGCGGAUAGCGAAACCAAACAAAAUCAAACUCAUAGCAAUGGAUCUGCCCAUGGUCAGUGGAGACAGGAUCCAUUGCUUGGAUAUUUUGUUUGCUUUUACAAAAAGGGUGCUAGGAGAAUCCGGAGAGAUGGAUGCCCUUAAAAUACAGAUGGAAGAAAAGUUCAUGGCGGCAAAUCCAUCUAAGAUUUCUUAUGAACCUAUUACAACGACUCUCAGAAGGAAACAAGAAGAGGUCUCGGCCAUUGUCAUCCAACGAGCCUACAGGAGACAUUUGUUUCGGCGCUCAAUGAAGCAGGCAUCGUACUUGUACCGGCACAGAACUUUUGAGAACAGCAUCCUGGAGGAUGAUGCACCCGAGAAGGAGGGACUUAUUGCGUUCAUGAUGAACGAAAACUACGGCAGGCCAAUAGACAAAUCAGAAACUCUGUCCUCCACAUCUUUCCCUCCGUCCUACGACAGUGUCACCAGAGGUACGAGUGACAAUCUCCAGCUGAAGAUGACAGACUCGAGCAAAAGUGAUGAGGCUAUAGAUUGUCUUCUCUCGCCAGACAAGGAUAAGGAAUCAAUUGUUUAA